AUGGUUUCCCCUUCUCCUUACAGAUUUGUUGUUCCAGUUCUUGUUUUAUUGAAUACGAAACGCCAUUUUUGCCCAAUAGCAAAAGACCAAGGCACACUGAAACGCAAUCCCAAAGAUAGACUUAGUGACUUGCCCCAUUUUGUCCUCCUCCACACGCUCUCCUUCAUGAACACCAAACACGCCAUCCAAACCUGCGUCCUCUCGCGCCGCUGGAGGAAUCUCUGGAAGCUUCUCCCAACCCUCACUCUUCACUCUUUCCACUUCUGGACCUUCAAAACCUUCACGAAAUUUGUCUCCAUGCUUCUCACCCGCCGCGACACCUCCUCUACCGUCCUCAACCUUGAUUUUGAGCGCCAUUGUUGCAUUGAGCCUCACGUCCUCAAAAGAAUGGCCAAUUAUGCGAUCUUGCAUAAGGUUUACAACUUAGGUAUCUCAGUGAAAUUCGAUAUUGUUCACAUUCCUCAGGUGAUUUUCUCGUGCAAGAUGUUAACGUCUUUGAAGCUUUCUAUUUUCCCUAGGGUUUAUAUCUACGGAAGUAUGUUGUUCCCAAAAUCGCUGAACUUAACGGCGUUGACGAUCCUACAUCUUCAUCAUUUCACGUUCUGUGCUAGCGGUGAAAGUGCCAGUGACAGGGGGAACCGUUGGGGAGGGAGAGGGGGAGUGUGUUACGGAGGGAGAGGAGGGCUGUGA